CGCCGAGAAGGUCGGACGCAUGCGCACUGUUGGAUUUUCCUUGGCUACCCAGAGCCGAGCAGUAGGGUUGAGCGAUAAACAGGCUGUGGCUAAGGACAGGGAGGAGGGGAAAAGGAGGAGAAGCCAGAGCAGGGGGAAUGGGGGACAGCUUCUCCCGGACUGUUCGUGUCCCGGUUUUCUUUUAGGUGUGGUUUGGUCCGGACGCGGAGUCCCGGCCGCCCACUUGAUCCUAGUCCCUUGUACAAGCGGAAAGUAUCUCCGGUGGAAAGCGGUCAGAGUUGCGAAGGGGGUGCGAGACGGGAGUUAUAUAUAUAUCCCCCCAUGCCAGGCGAGUGGUGCAGCCCUGAGCUGGUCCGGCAGCCAGCCCGAAACGUCUGAGAGAGGCCCCGGAGGGGCGGAAAGGUGGCCCGCAGAACGUGGGCUCUGUCAAAAGACGUGGGGAAGAUUCGAUUCCGAGAAGAGGAAGAGCCCGACUGAAAGGGAGAGAGGCCGCUGAGGGGGAGGGGGCUGCCAAGAUGGCGUCGGCCUCCUCUGGGCCGUCGGCGGUCGGAUUUUCAUCUUUGGAUUCCGGGGUCCCGGGGUCGACCUCAGGUUUCAACUUUCUCUGCUGUGGGGUGAACCGUAAGAGAGGAGCAGCAACUGGAAUCAAGAGACCUAUGGCAUCUGAGAUGCCUUGUGCCACUAGUAUGACCAUCAAGAAAAUUGGCCACCGAAGUGUUGACUCUUCAGGAGAGACAACAUACAAAAAGACAACAUCAUCAGCUUUGAAAGGUGCCAUCCAGUUAGGCAUUACUCAUACCGUGGGGAGUCUGAGUACCAAACCAGAGCGGGAUGUCCUCAUGCAAGACUUCUACGUAGUGGAGAGUAUCUUCUUUCCCAGUGAAGGGAGUAACUUGACGCCUGCUCAUCACUAUAAUGAUUUCCGGUUCAAGACCUAUGCGCCUGUUGCCUUCCGCUAUUUUCGGGAGCUGUUUGGCAUCCGGCCUGAUGAUUACUUGUACUCCCUCUGUAGUGAACCACUGAUUGAACUCUGCAACUCUGGAGCUAGUGGUUCCCUCUUCUAUGUGUCCAGUGAUGACGAGUUCAUCAUCAAGACGGUGCAGCAUAAAGAAGCAGAGUUUCUGCAGAAGCUGCUUCCUGGCUAUUACAUGAAUCUCAACCAGAAUCCUCGUACUUUGCUGCCUAAAUUCUAUGGACUGUACUGUGUGCAGGCAGGUGGCAAGAAUAUUCGGAUUGUGGUGAUGAACAAUCUCUUACCACGGUCAGUCAAAAUGCAUAUCAAAUAUGACCUCAAGGGCUCCACUUAUAAACGGCGUGCCUCUCAGAAAGAGCGAGAAAAGCCCCUACCAACCUUUAAAGACCUGGACUUCCUACAAGACAUGCCUGAUGGUCUCUUCUUGGAUGCUGACAUGUAUAAUGCUCUGUGUAAGACCCUGCAGCGUGACUGUUUGGUGCUUCAGAGCUUCAAGAUAAUGGACUACAGUCUCUUGAUGUCAAUUCACAACAUAGAUUAUGCACAACGAGAGCCUUUAAACAGUGAAACACAAUACACAGUUGACACUCGUAGACCAACCUCCCAAAAGGCCCUGUAUUCCACAGCUAUGGAAUCCAUCCAGGGCGAGGCUCGACGUGGUGGCACCAUGGAGACUGAUGACCACAUGGGUGGCAUCCCUGCCCGCAAUAAUAAAGGGGAAAGGCUUCUGCUUUACAUUGGCAUCAUUGAUAUUCUGCAGUCUUACAGGUUUGUUAAGAAGCUGGAGCACUCUUGGAAAGCACUGGUACAUGAUGGGGACACUGUAUCAGUGCACCGUCCAGGCUUCUAUGCUGAGCGAUUCCAGCGCUUCAUGUGCAACACAGUGUUCAAGAAGAUCCCCCUGAAGCCCUCUCCUUCCAAAAAGUUUCGGUCUGGCUCAUCUUUCUCUCGGCGAGCAGGCCCCAGCGGCAACUCCUGCAGUACUUACCAGUCGUCGGCCUCUGGGGAGCACAGAGCACAAGUGACAACAAAGGCAGAAGUGGAGCCAGAGGUCCACCUUGGUCGUCCUGAUGUUUUACCUCAUACUCCACCUGUGGAGGAAGUCAGUGAGGACUCAGUUGUUUCUGGUCGUAGUUUCUCACAUGUAGUUGGAGAGACUUUGCAAGUACUAAAUACGAGUUCAGCCUUAGAAAAGCUUGAAAUUACAGAGGAGGAGUUCCCCCAGUGAGCAACAAACCUCAGAAGAUCUGAAACAAGACCCUACUGUCUCUGUGAUAUCAAGAUGUCCGCCCUUGCCCAGGAAUGCUCAGUUUUCUUCUUGGUCAUCAAAAACAAACAAAAAAGGAGUUUAAUAUGGAGCUAGAGGAGCUCUCCAUCUCCUUCAUGAGGAAGAGGCCGUUCUUCCUCAUCUUCUGAGUGGGCAUUAGUGCCUUGGAUGAUUGAGGACAGCAGCAGUCUUUCUACUCCAGAGCCAGCUGGCACAGAGUUUUGGCAGGCCAGCCUUGGUUUCCACAGUUGAAUUUCUUCAAACUUCUAUUGUUUGUACUGGAAGUGGUUUUCCUCCCUUUGUGCACCUUUCACCAGGAGCUGGACUCUUAAUUUCCUCAAGAUAGACUGGCUGGCACACGAUCCCCCUCCUUCCCUCUGGUCCCUGGAGGAAGACCCCUGGCAUUGUUGUAAAGGGUUUUGGGGGAAUAAGGGUAUUUAACCAUCUUAGCCUUCUCCUUUUUUCUUUAAAAAGGACAAGAAACGGAGAGCACACAGCACAGUUUCAAGCCAGUUUAAAUCAGCUGCAAAAGUCAGAUACCUGCCAACAGGGUUCCCACAGAUGAGCCCUGGUGUUUGUGAAACAGAGACGUGGUGAUUGCUCUGCCAGCAGCAGCAGCUUCUCACCUCCUCAUAGGAUGAUGAAAUUCUUAAGGCUGAAGGAAUGAGAUGCAUGGGACAUGGGGUCAUCUUUGCCCCUUUGUUAAAACAAGGGGCUGCCAUGGGCAAGGGGAUUAGAGAUCUUAGGCAAGACCCCACUCAUUGUCAGGCCAUAAUGGUUACUAAUACUUCGCAGUUUGAUAUGUAUUCUAGGCAUUUUUCUAAAUAUGAAGAGUUAUCAAUAGAUUUUGGACCAUUCUUCAAAGGAGACUUUGUUCGUCCCAUCUUCCCAAAUGGUGUUCUGCUAUUUGUGGAGCUGAGGUAGACAGAAGUACCUAUGUCUCUUGAAUAGGCAGUGAGGCAAGAGAAGGUUCUCUUCAGCUCAUGGGGGCUGGCAGACACUUACCUUGGUGACUUCAUAGCCAUGUCUAUGUCCUGCUCCCACUCUUUGUGCAGGAAUUUGGAAUUGAGACCCAUAAGCCCUCUCUUGUCCAUCUCUGAAUUAUUGUCCAUCCAGUCUGCUCUUGUCAGGGGAAGAAGGCACACUGGUGUCUGCUGCAGAUUAUUGAAGUUCUAGUUUCUUCUCCAUCCCACCCUACUGUGGUAGUAGGUUAGCCUGUACCCCAAGCAACUGUCUAUAUUAGACACCCCCAGCCAGUUUCUGGCUCCCUGUCUUUGCUGCCAUGUUCUUUUUUACAAGAAGAAAUGAAACAAUUCUUGCUAUUUUUUUUUUUCAUAAUUUACUAUUUAUGAUGUAUUUAAGUGUUUUAUUCAGGACAGAGUUCUGUAAAAGGUGGGAGGGAAUAUUUGGGGGAGGGUAUAAGGGAAAGGAAUGGGGACUCAAACAUUUUUAUGAAGUGUUACUAUUUGCCUCUACUUUGUAUUGUUCAGAAAUGGCAAAUGCAAUUUAAAAGUAAUAAAUAUCUGGUUU